CAUCUCAGUUCCUCACAACCCCAUUACCUAGUCACACGCGUCUUUGCUCACCCAGAGUCUGUAUCAUUACCCUCGUGAGGAGGGUGGAAGCGCCGAGCACCGUCCAGUGAAAUGGUUGUUAAUACUUAACCAUUGUUAACUUAGUGCAACUAGUGAACGUAGUUAGUGCUUUCUAGUGAACUCAGGAAAGUGUCGACCGAUGUACACCAAAGACGCUAUAAACUAGAAAUAUUUAUAGUAAACACAAAUUCCAGUGUUUUGGUUGAAGCUUUAAUUACUAUAGGAAGUGUGUGUGCAGGAAAAGUGUAGAGAUGGUAGUGUCGGCAGAAGAGUAUCGUCACAAAAUCUUCGGUGUUAUCCCAUCUCCAGACUACCACACCAUAUUCUGUGAGACUGACAUGGCAGCGGCAACUGCGUCUCCAGAGCCUAAGGGCACGUUGACCCCCCCAGGUUCCUCCCCCCUGAGGGCGGAGUGUGACCCCACCCGAGGCUCCUCCCACGGCUCCACCCCCCCGUCGCCAGAGGCUCCCCCCACCCCAGACUCCGCCCACAUGGCCGCUGAGCCCACCAAUCACAACGCAGCGCGUCUUCAGUCCUCCACUGACAGACCAGAAAGGCACUUACUGACCAAUCAAGAACCCCUCUCGGGAGCAAAGAAACGGAAGGCGACGAAGGUUCACAAAGUAGAGACGGAGUGUGGGAGUGAGGGCGAGAGCGAGGCGGGUGUAGGCGGCAGCUUUGCGUGCCCCGUGUGCCAGGAGGUGCACUCUUCUCAACAUGAAUUCACUCAACACAUCCGAAAACACAACCACGUCCUCGAGACGGACAAUGGCACGAAAGUGUACUGCUGCGGUAUCUGUAAGAAACAGUUGAGUAGUAACAGCUCAUUGGACAGACACAUGCUGGUUCACUCUGGCGAGCGGCCGUUUCGGUGUCACAUCUGCGGCACGCACUUCACCACCAAUGGCAACAUGCAUCGCCACAUCCGCGGCCAUUACCGCAAUGGGGGCGGCGGUCCGGGCUCGGACACUGGGGAGAGCGACCUGGGCUCCGAAGAAGGCUCCUCCUCGCCGUGCAAGCGGAGACUGGACGACGAGGAGAACGUGGUGUCAGCCAAGGCAGUGCGUCUGGGCGAUACUGAGGAGGAGCUGGCGUGUCCGGCGUGUGGAGUGGAGCAGCCAAGUCAACACGCGCUUGAGCAGCACGUGGAGACCAUCCACCCAGAAUACCAAGUGGCGUGCACCACCUGUCAGCUGGGUUUUAAAAACUAUCGCGCGCUGCACCUCCACAACUCUAUGGUCCACCCCACAGCUACUGCUUCUCCCCCGCAACUUGACCUCACGUGCACAGACUUCUCUAUCACCAAGUUCCCACUCAUUGCCAAAGAAAUUUGCGAGUCGAGCAGCCGACAGCAGCAGCAUCCAGGUGAGGGCAUCGGUGUCCACAGGUGUCAGAUGUGUAACAUUACCUUUCCUUGUGCCGACUCGUGGCUGAUGCAUAUGCGUGAACACGCUGCUGCCUCCUCGGCUCCCCCGCCUCCACUCAGAUGUCUCCGGUGCGACCUGACUUUCUCAAACGUGGCAGAGUUGGCUCACCACCACCAGCGCCACCUGUGUGAAGAGCCCCAGCCUCGUAAAGAGAGCUUCUUGGCGGUGCUGGACUUGCUGAACAAACAAAAACGUGAAGUACCUUUAACGCCUAUGGCCGCAACGAUGGAGGCGUCCUUCCUCGCUGGGGGUUUGAGACCACCUCUGGGAAUGCCGCCUCCCGGCCACCAUUCUCCAGCACCUGCGGAUUCAGCCAAGGCAUCCCCGGAGCAUCCAACAGCUGGUAGAAUAGCUGCUGCAGCUACCACCACCGCCAGUAGUGUCUCUCCUCUUGUAUCUUCUGCCUCGGUUCUCUCUCAUGAUGAACAGUUUGCACGCGAAUACCGCGAUAUGAAAUUGAAUGGCCAGUACCCUUGCCGCUUGUGCAAAGAUAUUUUCGCUAAUUUACGUAAACUUAAGUCACAUAAUCUGGUGCACAUGGUGGCUCCCCCGUACCGUUGCAAUCUUUGCUCUUUCUUCAGUAAUGACAAAAACACACUGAAAGAGCACAUGAAGAGUCACAAGGGAGAUACGCCGUAUGAAUGUAACAUAUGCAAUCUCGCCUUCACAACAAAGGCCAAUUGUGAACGUCAUAUUAAGAAUAUUCAUGGCCGCCAGUCACGGGAUGAGGUGAAGAGCUGUAUGAACUUCAUUCCACAAGAGGAAGGGACGAGCAGUGAUCACACACUGGACACCGUCUGUCAUAUUUGUCACAUCGACUGCAAGGCACGAUCUGUCCUGCGGGAUCAUAUCCGUUCCUCUCACCCAGAAGGAAUGACAAAACCCUAUUCGUGCAAGCUGUGCGGAGGCGCCUUCUCAUCUGAAAACGAUGUGAUGCGACAUGUGAUCCAGCAGCACGCAGAGUCCGCCUCAGGACCCACACUUGAACAACUCGUAGUGAAUCGAUCCUCUAGCGAAGAUCGCCAUGAACAUCACGACCUCACGCCGGUGGAGUCUUUACUUAACUUUUCCAAAUUGCCCAUGGCGAUGCCCACUCCCCAUCAACCUCCUCCAGUUUCUUUGCCCAUAACAUUUCCACACAAGCCGUUAGUCCCUGUAUCAAUAGUCCCGCCCCGUCCCCUCACUCCGACUAUCACCCCUGUCUCUCCUCUCCCUGACGUGGAGGAUGCUCCUCUAGACCUGAGUAUGAACUCUAAAAGAGAUAAGGAAAAGGAGGAAGAGGAGGAAGAGGAAGUUGAUGUUGAAAUGAGUGAUAUAAAGACUGAACAAUUGGAGCCCGAGGACUUGUCAAAACCACGGAUAGACAGAGAGGAUGAAGUGGUUGUCGAAAAAACUAUAGAGCUUUCACAAGAGUCUCCUUCCGAUGUACUAAAGAUUCCACGGCCACCCUUCCCACUAAGUACAAUGUAUUCACAGCCCCUGUCCCUCUGUAGUCCAUUUACGCCAAGUCAGUAUCCCAUCCUUAUGGACCCAUACGGUAUUCGUCCAGUCCAUCAGUUUGACUCUGCAUUACUGGAGGAAUAUCAGAAAGAGCUGAAACGUGGGUUGCAGCUCACCUCUGGUGGAGCAUUGCUUAGUGGAACAGGAGGGUUUCUACACCACACUUCAGCAUUUCCUCUUUCUGCUCUUGCCCUAGCUGCUGCUCGGCGCAAUCCACUACGGAUUCCACGCCCUGAAAUUCGCAGUGUUGAAAUUAAAGCUGAAGAUACAUCUGUAACAGACAAUCAGGUGACUAAUGUACCUAAACCAAGUGACGAGGACGUAAUGCAUUUUACAAUGCGCAACUCUGUUCUAAUGAAAAAACCCAAACAAAGAAGGUACCGAACAGAAAGACCAUGGAGGUGCGAUCUCUGUGAUAAAGGGUUUACGCUACGUUCGAACAUGGAGCGUCAUAUGAAGCAGCAGCAUCCAGACGUAUGGCAGCAGCGGCCGCGGGGUGUCAAUACAUCAAGAUCGGAGUCGGAGACGCCAAUCGCAGUAACAGAUGCACCACAGACUAUUUCCGACACGGUAAGAGAGCAGCUAAUCAACAAGAUCGAAAAGGAAUCCAGUGAUGAGAGAGAAGAGACGAGGCAGAGGGAAGAGGAGGAGAGUGAAUUAGUUAUUGAUGAUGGUCAAGAGGAAGAUGGAGAAGAGGAGGAAGAGGAAGAAGACGAGGAUGAAGAGGAAGAAGAUGAAGACGGUGAUGGGAAUAGCACAGAUGAGAGAAGUCGUGAUGAUAGCGGGACAGACCUGGCCAGUGUUCACAAGCUCUUGUCAACUGCAUCCAGUCAAAGCUUUCCUUUUUUUGGCAGCGAGGGUGAGGAGGAACCCCCGGGUGAGGACGACUCUACUUCUUCCACGCCAGUAUCAGAAGAUGGAAAACGUAGUGCCUACUCUUCCGCCCCACAGAAACAAAAAUGUCCAUUUUGUCAGAGAAAAUUCCCGUGGUCUAGUUCUCUUGUUCGUCAUAUUCGAACUCACACAGGGCAGAAGCCAUACUUAUGUCCAGUCUGCCACUUUCCUUUCACCACAAAAUCAAACUGUGAUCGCCAUCUUCUACGAAAACAUCCCGACUCCCCGCACACAAUGGGAGGCGACCGUCCAUAUCGCUGCGUCAAAUGUCCAGGGGCAGCUUUCACCAAUCUAGAGAGCCUUCGGAAGCAUGAAAUGUUCAAACACGAGAAAGCAAGUGAUACAGCGGUCUUGCGAGACGAUACCAGGCCCUUCCGGUGCCAUGUUUGCGAGACUCCUCUAGCUACCCGCGAAGCUGCUCUGCAUCACCUCGGCAAGGCCCACCCAGAACAUGCGCAGAACAUAAUCAACACAGAGCCCAUUACCACAGACAACAACAAUGAACCACCUGUUCCUGACUCUACCACAACAGACAGAGUCAGCUGCAUGUUCUGUUUGCAGCGUUACUGGAGUCUGGCAGAAUUAAAACAACAUAUUGCAACAGAUCAUGUUAGACCUUCCUCUCCAGUCACCUCUGAAGAUGAACAAAGGGAAGGAUGCCUACCUUCUCCGAUAAUUAAGACAGAGAUAAAAGAAGAACGCAAAGAUGAGACGGAAGGCACUGACUUCAUCUCAAACCUACUUGGAACAAAGCGAGCGGUGGUCGAUAGGUUGCUAACUUCGAAAUCCGCCGACGACGCCGCUAAGCUGCUAGGUGUCCGAUAAACCUGUGGCUUGAUCACGAUGUGUUCAUGGGAAGUGCGAGUCCAUACAUGACAAUUCCAUACAUAAACAAAGGGUGUCUCUAUUCAAGAUAACUUUUCUAUUCCGUAGCUGAGUGCAAUGUAUGUCAUAGCUUGUAGUUGUUCUUAAGGGUUACAUUCAUUAUUUUACUUUCAAUGUUAAUGCAUUCACAAUUUGCCUUGAAAUUCAAUAAUUCGUGCCUUGACGACGUGCCCUAGACACUUCUAUAAUCUGUAAGUUAAUGUUCUGUAUAUACAUUGUAUAUAACAACUCGGUGGUUAUAUUAUUUAGUUAAUAUAAUUUAAUUCCUUUUGUCUGUGAUGUCUCCCAGUUAAUUUGUUAUCUCUCGUUAUUAUUGUUAUUUGUUUGCUUGUACAGUACCUGCCAAAUUAUUAUCUUGUAGCGUUUUCUUUAGUUGCCAAUGUUUCAAACAUUUUGUUCAAAUACAAGGGGCCAAAAUCAUUUUCUUGUGCCUAAGCUUUCAUUUGCCAGCAUGGCAAUUAUUUAAACUGUCGGGUCAGGUCAUAUGCCAAGAAUGAUAGCAUAUCUACCAUAGAUCGAGACAAUCUACAUGGAUCAGGGAUUGAGUAGGUUACCUUAUCUUUAUUUAUACUUUAAAUGAGUCCUCAUCUCCAAAGUAUUAAGGCUAGAUGCCAAAGUUAUGGUUAGUGUGUGUAAAUAAUUAGACCUAAUAAUUUAUCUCAUAAUCUAUAAGGCUGCAUUCUCAUUCCAAAGUUUGUAAAUUUAUACUACCUUAAGGUUUAUUUCUCUAAAGUGUUGUGUUCCUAUUAGUUUAUAUUUACCGACAUAUUCCAGACUAUACCUCAGUGUUAUUUUCACUUCGUUUUGGUUAGUAAAGAAUACAACAGAUUCGGCCUGUCGAAUUCUCUUAAAUAGUGAAAUAAAAAUCAAGCACCUGUGAAUGUUUGACGCAUACACGGGUCACUUAGAAAAAAAACCCUUUUCAUGAUUGGUGGUCUAUUCGAAGAUUGGCUGAUUUUGAUAGUGGGUUUCCUAAGGUCACAUUUAAUUUACUUCAUUCCAUUUUCUAUACUGAUACCCAGUGAAAUAAUAUAUUCCAUGCAAUAAUUUCUUGCAUGCGCCCAAAGAAGUUUGAUGUGUGCAGAUAAGUGUUUGAAUUUUGAGUGAUGUGUUUUUUCUAUGCAAGGUAUUGUUCUGGGAUAUUACUUAGUUUAUAAAAUAAUUUAUAAACGAAUUAAAUGAUCUCUGGAUGUAUAAUUAUGAUAACUUUUGACCUAAUGGCAUUAUUUAAUAAGCCUCGUUAUAUACACAAAUGUCUAAAUCCUCCAAGGCAGUUAUAUACAUUAAAACUAUUUGAUACUCUUGUCCCGUAUUGUUCAAUCACCUUGUCUUGCGUGUGUGGUUUGUAUGUUACAGCACCACUUCUAAGAAAAAGAUAACAAAAUGCUUUGGAAUAAAUAGUUGUGAUUGAAA